AUGAACCAAGAUCUAAAAUGUAAGAGAAGAGGAGGAGGGAGAGGGGGGGGGGUGUAUGAUACCAAAUCAGGCAUAUUAAUCAUGAGUACAGCAGCCCAAACUAUCACUGCAUCAGCAGCAUCAUCAGUAUCAGUAGCAUUAGUACCAAUAACAACAAUCUCUGCAUCACCAGCAGCAGCAACAACAACAACAACGACACCUCCAACAGUCUACCAACGAUUAAUUGGCGACCGUUUUAAACCAACAUUCUCAUUAAGACAAGUGCAACGCAUUAGAAAUAAAACGUCAUUCCUGUUGAGAAGACAUACAAAUGGCGACGAAGUACUACAAGCAGAGGUUCUAAGAAGUUUGAGCAUGUCUAAACAUGGAAGAGGUAUCAAGACAACUCUCGACCCCAAAGGAGAAAAGAUCAACGAAGAUGGUACAGUUUUUAUGUCACCAAGAGAUUUUAGUUGUAUCAACAUCAUUAGAAAGAUGCACAAGGAAGCAAAAGAUGGAAAAAAGAAUUAUUAUAAUAAUUCUACACAAUAA